UUUAUUGAUCAUUUCAGUACAGGAUCGUUCCUCUUACAUUCGGUUGCAGAUACGCCGGUGAAUAGUGUGACGUCAGAAGGGGCGGUACUUAGGACUUCCAACCAAUGUCGUGUGUAUAACAUAGGAUUUAACCGGUGUAACGGCGUGUUUAAUGACUUGAAUGAAUUAAAGUGGAUAUAAAGUUAAAAUUUCGUUAUAAUGCAAUGAAAGAGGGUACACAGAACAAUGAGUUUUGAUAUUUUUGACUUUGUGAGAGACGUUCUCAAUAUUAACAUAUCCGCCAUUAGCGAAAAGGCUUUGUAUAAAACAUCGUACGAAUCAUCUUUUGGGAAUAUCAACAUCAGCCGCGCCGUUGCACCGGGUGGCCGCCGUGUCCUGCAAGGUAUCUGGGACAUCAGACUUGGAAGAGAAGAAUUCUUUUCAUCUCCACUAUUUCCUGUUAUUCUUUCGGUAACAUUUUAUUUUUCUUUGUGUACACCUUUCAUGAUUUUCGAUCUGUUUGGUAAAAAUUGGAAAUGGAUACAAAAAUACAAAAUCCAGCCCGACUUUGAGGUUACAACAGCACACUGCCUGGAUACUCUUGGUUUGACAUUCUGGAAUCACGUGCUGUUCGUGCUCCCGGCUGCAUGUGCUCAGUGGGUAUGGACACCACCCACACCUAUGCCAGACCUUGCCCCAACCGUUUUCGACUUUGUAUGGCAUCAAAUGGCGGCUUUGUUGAUUUUCGAUUUUCAAUAUUUCGUAUGGCACUGGACACAUCACAAGAUCCGGUUCCUCUAUAAGCACGUGCACUCGAUUCACCACCGCUACCAUGCUCCAUUCUGCUGGGUGACCCAAUAUCUUCACCCCUGGGAGUUGGUCACAGUUGGGUUUCUCACCACAACGAAUACUUGGUUUUUUGAUUGCCAUCCACUAACCACAUGGAGUUAUAUGAUAAUUUCUAUCAUAGUCAGUGUGGAGGCGCACAUUGGAUUCGACUUCCCGUUCACUUUGAACUAUCUCACGUACGGCUUCAUUGGCGGAGCUCCAAAGCAUGACAUGCACCACUAUAAGCCAAUGACAAACUUCCAGCCAUUUUUCAAUCAUCUGGACAGAAUAUUUGACACGUUUUGUCCAGUAAUGAAAGCCGGCGGAGUGAAACCGCAAGAGCUACUAGAUUAUGAAAGAAAACAGAGGGAGACAAAGAAAUUUCGAUAAUUUCGAGGUUUUUGUGCAAGUUAAUAACAGUGCUACAGUUCAAACAGGAUUCGUUUAGAACUUCAGGGACAUACUUCAGGAUUUGAGAAAACACUUUGUUGGAAACAAAUGUAUGGAAGUUUCGAUAAUUGAUUUUAGAGAAUCAAGAGUCAAGCCAAAACGAUUUUUUUUUCUCAAGUUAAAUAGUUUGAAAUGCCAGUGUUAGGUUUUUAGUAUUACAUUGUAUUAGAAUAGAUAUAUUCGAUAGCAGUAACGUUAUGAUAUUAGACCUGUACUUUUUGGUUGGAAAAUAAUGAAUGCUAGGUUUCCUAUUCUUUUAUGAAUGCCGUGACAUAUGUACUGUAAAGUUCCAUCUUGAAUGACAUGUUUAGACACAAGGCAAAACUGUAACAAUAUACUAUUUUUUGUAGUAUAUUUUUACACAGAAAUGGAAAAAAUGAAUUUUCUGCCACUGAACGUUUCUAAGUAUUAAAUUUUAAUGCUGCCUGACCCGGUUUUUAAUUUCUGAUAUUUUUAGUUUUUGUAUUAUUUUACAAAAUAGUUAUACGUGCCAGAAUUUUAGAAUCUGUAAUAUUAUGUCCAUUGUACAUAAGACAAAUGCCAUAUAAGAAAUGUGAUACAAUUUAAAAUUAAGCCAACUGUAGCCUGAAAGACAAAGGUAUAUGACAUCCAGUGCCAAAAUUGAAAUUAUUCACCAGUCUUGAGAUUUAUGCGGACAUGUCAUGCAUAGUUAGUGAUCUUGUAAGGUAAUGACUGUGAUAUCUUAUUUUUUAUUUUCAAUAAUGGACCAGUAUCAAGUCAAUGCAACCGUAAAUCUAGUCAAUUGCAAAUCUUUGUGAAGCAAAAAUGCAAGUGUUUAUAAUUGUGAGGCAUAAUGCUAUCAUGGGCAACGAUCGAAUUUUUUUUCUCGAUUGUUAAUUUUUUUUAAGAUCAUGCUCGCAAAUAUUUUUGAUACGAUUAUUUAUUUAAACGAUUACGUUCUUCCUUUUGAAAUGGAAAUUCUCAAGAAUUUAUUGUUGUAUACGGAAACCAGUUUACCCCUAGCCGUAAAAUAUUUUAAUUACUUUGGACUGCUUUUUGUUUCUUUUAAAACUCCUAAUUAUGAUCUUUGCUUUGUUACAAGGAAGUCUUUAAAGUCGAAUGGAUAUUAAAUUGAUCGUAUUAAAUGUCAUUUUUCGCUCGGGUCAAGAAGCGUAUGAUAAGGCUUAAAUCGAUCUUCUUUAGAGGGGACUUAUAUAUGUUAUUACGCUGGUGACACGCUGUGCUUCCCGUUCCCAUAAUGCAUGACACUUGAUACUUUGCCGCAAACGGGAGUUACAUUGUUGAAUUUAACACAUGGUUACGGUUUAUCUUCCGUUCAAGUGACUCGUCCUUUCGACACCGAAUGUAAAAAAUGUUUCUAUGUAUGUUUUACAACAAGAUUUUAAAAAAUGCACUAAGAGCGUACUAUUAACCCUUACCAUGCUAAAUUUCUAUAACGAACUGGUCCAUCUUCCAAUUUGGGCAGUACCAUUUAUCAUCUGAAGGGGUGUUUACUAAAAAUUUACUGACUGAAUAGCGAACAGUGCAGACCAUGAUCAGACUGCACGGAUGUGCAGGCUGAUCUUGGUCUGCACUGGUCGCAAAGGCAGAAUCACUUGCCGCCAGCAAGCUAAGGGUUAAAAAGAUCCGCCUUUUUAAAGUUCUAAUUAAAGCGCUAAAUUUUGUCUUAAAAACAGACGAAACAGUUGUCCAAAUAGAUGUUUUGCAUAAGUACAUGCUUAGAUGAGAACAACUUUUAAUACUGCCUAUGGUUUUUCGUAGUUACAGCUAUAAAAGGGAGGUAAUAAAAAUAAUAGAUUAAAAAAUAUAAUAUAUUCAUCUGUACUCAAACUUUUAAAGACAACAAUUUUUGGAAAUAGGAAUUAACAAGAAUUUUUUAUAUUUAAAAUGUUUAUAACAGAAAAAUAUUGCAGCCACAGUUUAUACAGAGACAUUAUGAGAACUUAAAAGUAACACUAAGUCUGUAGUUGAAUAAUCAUUGAUACGGAAAGAGAAAAAAAUCUAUGGUACUUUAAGUUUUUGUCAUAACGUAGCCCUCAAAGACUUCAAUUUUUACACCAGACAUCUUUGGGAUUGUAUUCUGUUUUACCUUUUAUGAACAUUUACAUUUGUUGUUGUGAGUUCAUCUGAGCAUGUAGUGAUCAUGGUGAGCUUAUAGGAUUGUUGGAUGUUUGUCGUCCGUCCAUCCGUCCAGACAUCUAAACCUAUAGGCCAGUUGUGUGUAUGUAACAUUGUGUAUGUCCAAUGUCCACUAUACCAAGUUUAUUGAAAUCCUAAGACCAUUAGACCUUAGCCCGCUAAAUUUCUAAAAUGAAUUGGUCCUUCAUACAAUUUGGGCAAUAUCAUUUAUUAUUCGAAGGGGUGUUCGCUGAGAAUUUACUAACUGAAUAGCGAAUAAUGCAGAGCAAGAUCAGACUGCACAGAUGUGCAGGCUGAUCUUUGUCUGCGCUGGUCGCAAAGGCAGAAUUACUUGCCGCUUAGGAGUCAGGUGAGCGAUAUAGGACCAUCAUGGACCUCUUGUUUCUUACCAGAAACAUGAUGUAUAAUUAUGAACAAUAAUAUGUUUGAUCUCAAAGAUUUUGUAAAUCCAGGCAGUACACAUGCAGUUCUGUGCGAAUGAAAAUAUAUUGUGUAUUUAUAUAUCAUUGUAUAUUAAAAAGUGACUUAAUCAUGAAUGUUUAAAUAUGUUUUUUAAAGAUGUUUUGCCACUGUAACCUGUGGUAUUUGAAUAGGAAAUGCUAGUUUUAACGAGGUGUCUUUAUAAAGAUCAAUAGAUCUCAUUUCUUGUUCAGUGUGAUGCAGAAAAAUGAAUAAAAAGUUCCCUUUAAUAACAUGUAUCUCAUAUAACAUACGUUACCAUGGCGUUACAUAAAACAUGAUAAUAUAGGUAUUGUCACUUUAUUGAUUCUGUCAGAAAAACUUGAAAAUGUCUUGAAGGUAUUCUAGGUAUAAAUGUAUUGAUCAAAAGAUAACAAAUUUUUCAAACGUAGGAUGCAUGUAGCUGUAUUUUUGAGAGCGGCUUUAGUAUCAUUGUAUAGAGGUCACAUUCCAGACCUUUCCUUCAUCAUUUUGGGAAUGCCACCAAAACCAGUGGAAUUGGGAAAAUGUUCUCGGAAAUUGUCUUAAUUGGGAAAAUUUGCAGAAGACCAAUAUCUGUUUAAAGAAUUUUUUGUGUAAAAUAUUAAUGGAUUGCAUUUCAGUAAUUGUUCAACAGUAUAACUGUUGUUUUAAUAACCAAAAUAUACAUAACAAAUUAGCAUGACUAUUUUUAAACAGCAAAGCCCAUAAAAGGUAACGCUCAUUUUGGAAUUUUAAAUUCAAAAUUGGGAAAAAAUACUUUUUUACUUUGAGAUUACCUCCUUUUACGGGAGGUGGAUUUAUAGGGGGAAAAGUAAAUGUAAAUUUUGCAACGAACACUUUAUUUUACAUUUUUUCUUGCCAUAUUACAUGUAUAUAAUAUUAUUAUUGACAAAAUGUAUGUACAAAAGUGUGCUGAUUAUUUAUUAAUCCUUGUAACUAUUUGUUCAAACAGUUUAAGAGCUUUAUCUCUGAUGGAUUUCUGCCUUAUCUAGCUAAUAUAAACAGCGACCAAAUUUAUUGGCAAUAAGUUACAUUGUUAUCUUUCACAUUUGGAAAAUAAACGUUUUUGGACCGCCAAUGUAUUUAACGUACAUAAAAUAUAGAGGUCAUCAUACAUGGAAAUACAAAAUGAAAACCCGUUGCCAAUGAAAUUAUGAAUUGUUUAUUCUUCUAUUAUACAUAAACGUCAAAGUGUAAUUAAACAUUGAUCUUUUUCCGAAUGAUCUGUUUUAUAGCUCAGAUCUUGUGAUUAAAAUGCAUGUAUGUUGAAAGUAGAUUUUUGCUCGGGUAAAUCAAAUACGCGUUAACCUGUUUUAGUAUUACACAUCAUCAUUAAGUUUAGAUUUCACAUUUAGCUUACGUUCAUUUAGAAGUAAUGAACACCGUGGUAAAAAAACCAAUGUCAUUUAAAAGAAAACAGAAGCGUCCUAAAAAAGCAAAGUUAGAAUAUUUUGUCAAAUAUCUACAGCGUGAGCAGUGUUUAACUUUUUGUCACAUGUAGAAUUCACUGAAAUACUUUGAUUUUACUAUCUAUUUACAAUACUCAACAAAUUUUUAUACUUCCUAGUUGUGUCCCUUCCUGUUCUCAGUAAUCAUAUUUUGAACUGUGUUACUGGUAUUAACUGAACACUUCAAUGAUGUUUGUAGUAAUUAGAAAGUAUAUUAGAACAUCCAAUCAUUUUAUUUACGAAAUAAGCAAAAUACAGUCAUUUAAAUAUUCAAGACAGACUGGUAUCGCAUUCAGACUGUGACAACGACAUAUUUCGUGUUCGAUACUGCCAGCCUGUGUCAUAACUGAUCUCUGAACGAACGCACACACGUAUAAUAAAUAUAUUUUACAUUUUUAACACCAUUUGCUGUAUAAAAUGCACAUAUAUAAAUUGUUUCCAUGAAGGCAUCGCAGUAGAGAAAAUGCAUAUAUUUAGUGUUUGUAUGUAUUAGUGUUAAAUUUUACUGUUAAUUAGAUUGUUUUAAUGUAUAAAUGAAUAAAAAAAAUCAGCAAAAGUACAGUGGCAGCAUGACGGGUUUCCUAACUGGAUUAAAUGACGUGUCGUUCUUGUAACAAGCAAGAACGAAGCUGAUAUCGUCCUGUGUAUGAAACCUAGUAGUGCGGCACUGUACGGUAUUCCGUUGUGUACGGAUGACGUGAAGUGUUCUACAGCCAUUCGGAUACUACACCGAUUGUACACUUAUGUGAUUCUUGUAAUGUUUUUUAAAUAUUGUUAUAUUUCUGGUAAUAUAUUUGCAUUUAUUGUUAUCGUAUAUGUUGACAAAUCGCAUCAUUUGCGUACGAAUGCCGCACCGUCAUCUGUUCCAGUCAGAUUUGGUACUGAUUGUACGCAAAAACAAGCGAACAUGCGCGAUAUACGUUAUGGACGUAACACACAUUUUUGAAGUACGUAGAUUUGUGUACGUUACGGACAUAACGCACGUUAUUGUAGUAAGUAGAGUGAGUUAAAUUUUAUUAUUGUACCAAUGUUUGUUGUCUGACCAGGUUGCAAGCUUUUAGUACGAAUGACGUAACGUAUUAAAUAACGUUACCGAUUGUAUUAAAGGAGUGACCGAAGGUUACACAUGUAAAAUACUUUUUAUGCCCCCGAAGGUGGGCAUAUUAAAAUUGCACUGUCCGUCCGUGCGUGAGUCCGUGCGUCCGGUUAAUUCUUGUCCGGGCUGUAACUCUUCCAUCCAUAAAGGGAUUUUGAAAUCACUUGGCAUAAAUAUUCACCAUAACGAGACGACUUGUCACGCGCAAGACCCAGACCUCUGGCUCCAAGGUCAAGGUCACACUUAGAGGUCAAAGGUUGUCAUGGUCUGUUUCGUGUCCGGUCUAUAACUCUGCCAUCCAUGAAGGGAUUUUCAAAUAACUUGGCAUAAAUGUUUACCAUAAUGAGACGACAUGUCUUGCGCAAGAUCCAGACCCCUAGCUCCAAGGUCAAGGUCACACAUAGAAGUCAAAAGUUAACAGGGUCUGUUUCGUGUCCGGUCCAUAACUCUGUCAUUCAUCAAGGGAUUUUGGAAUUACUUAGCAUAAAUAUUUCUCAUAAUAUGACGACGUGUCGUGCGCAAGAUCCAGACCCCUAGCUCUUAGGUCAAGGUCACACUUAGAGGUUAAAGGUUAACAUGGUCUGUUUCUUGUACAGUCCAUAACUCUGCCAGUGAUGAAGGGAUUUUGAAAUUACUUGGCACAAAUGUUCCCUAUAAUGAGAUAAGGUGUCGUGCACAAGACCCAGACCCGUAGCUCCAAGGUCAAGGUCACACUGAGAAGUCAAAGGUUUUUCUUGUCUGGCUCAUGCCAUUUAUCAGGGGAUUUGAAAAUAAUUUGAAACAAAUGUUAACCAUAUUGAGAAUGUGUGUCACGCUUAUGACCCGGGCCUCUUAGGUCAAGGUCAAGGUCACGAAAUGAUGUGUGAUUUUUUACAGCUGUAGUAUUCUUGGGCACGCUUCGGGGCAAUUUGUCACCAAUAGUGACAUCUCUUGUUUUAUUUGUUAUGAUGCUACUGCUUUUUUAGUUUUUAAAACUUAAUAAUGUGGAAACUAGUCUGUCACAUUUCGGCGUAUGGUUCGCACUUCGAUGGAAUAAAUGACAUUGAACCACAUGAAUUACUUGCCAUUUGAUCAAAAGUUCGUCAUCAAAUUUAUCUUUGGUAUAUGUUUUGCUCAAAAUUCAGAAAUUAAGUUCUAUUUAGUACAAUUAGCUUUACAUACUUUAAUAAGGAUAGUAUUAUAUGUCAAUUUUGAAGUAAAUUGUUUGAUGUUAUAGGCAGGGAAAAAGAGUUUAUUGUGUAAAGAAUAGUCGCUCUCAUUUCUGUUGACUGUAAACCUUUUUCGUUCAUGUGGUGUUUGCUACUACUUAAUUAUUUUUGCUAAGGACCAUUACACGUCUCAGCUUGUAUAACAGUA